AUGUCGUGUCUCUGGAUCGAGAAUACACAGUCUGCAGGUUGGAUGGACAUUAUUAUCAAAGACCAACAACACCUACCUCUCAAGAAACUAAUUAAAUAUGAACAUGCACAAGUCACAAUACCAUUGGCACUAUGUCAUUAUUUGGAAAAGGUUUAUAUAGAUUUCUCAAAGAAUACAUGUCAAGAGAUAUGUGAUGUAUUGUCAAGUUUUCAUCAUCUAAAGUCACUUGAUAUCAAUAUAAAGAGAUGUAUUGGCCUUUUAGACAUUGACAAGGUGUUUUCAAGUCUGCCUCGUAAGACUUUGACCAAACUAAAAUGGGGUCCCCGAGAGAAAGACUCUUAUUACAAUCCAAGUGCUCAACCCUUUCCAUUCCACCUAUUACCAACAACCCUCACCAAAUUCUAUAUGAGGGAUCGUAGUCAAGCAUGGACUCUACCAUACUAUGACUAUGUAUUUACCAAUUCCGUCAGAUCAAUCACACAACACAACCACCCCACCAAACAACUCAUGGAAUAUAUAUCAUCCCCUUCUUCUCCAGUCACACACCUCCACCUCAUCGUCAACCAAAUAGCAUCACACUGGAUCAAAGGACUAGCAUUGGUACCACCAUCACUCCAAGUUCUCACAUUAGAGUCUAAUUGUGAUACAUACCAAAUAGAUUGUAUAUUAAAGUAUAGUGGACCACUGCCAAACCUACAUACCAUCAAAAUAGAGCCAUUCAAAGAUAUUAUCAAACCCCUCAUUUCAUUUAUGGCAGUUAGUAAGUCACUUCGAGUCAUUGAUUUCUAUUCAGAUACGUUUGCCUAUUCCUUUUACCAAGAUAAAAGUUUAGAAACCUUUUUGUCUGCAAUUGCCAAUAGUAUAUCGGUUGAAAGGGUAUACUUUAGAAAAUCAAUGGUCAAGUAUAUUCUAGGUGACAUCAAUUCACUCCAAACUUCAUUCUCUACAUUAUCAACAACCCUCCUCCUCCCAAAUAAUGAUUUAAUUAUAUUCAAUUUAAUUAAUAAUAAUAAUAAUCAUAUUGAUUUAUCUUCAUACCAAUUAAAUCCAUUGGUCCCUGAUCUAAAUAAAUAA